GAUUUAACUGAAAUCAGUGUCGUGUCGUGUUGACUGCCAGGCCAGGUGUAAGUCCUAACUGUAAUUCAUCAGUUUCACAGUCUAAUGUUAGCACCAGGUUAUGCGGAACAUGACCUUAUCUGAGUUGCGGGGUUUAAAGAUAGCAAACUUAGCUGGGCUGCUAGCGGUUAGCUAUCGGUAGCUGCCGUCAAACUGACAGGCGCCGUAUUUGCUACCAGGUGGUGCUACUUUCUGUCCUUUGGCAAGUCGGAAAUAUAGAUAGACAACAAUGCUGCAGAUAGGAGAUGAAGGCAUCAUCUACUCCGUCGUAUUCGUGGUGGUCCUGUUGGGGACCCGGAGCCCGCUGUGGACAACCGCGCUCAGUGCCUCCCUCUACCUCUUCAUGGUCAUGUUCCGGUUCCCCCAGGUACCAAACAACCGAGCCCAGCAGGUGCUGUACCCAUCCAAGAGCGCGACAGGCUCCGGGAAGGUAUCAGUGGUCGCUCACCGGGGCGGUGGGCACGACGCACCGGAAAACACACUGGCAGCCAUACGGGAGGCCAGUAAGAAUGGGGCAACAGGUGUGGAGCUGGACCUGGAGUUCUCAGCAGACGGUGUGCCGAUCCUGAUGCACGAUGAGACUGUGGACCGGACCACCAACGGGUCGGGACCACUCAGCCAGAUGAGACUGUCUGAGUUGGGUAAACUGGAUGCAGCUGCCAAACAUCGACUCAGAGACAAGUUUGCCGGAGAGAAGAUCCCAACUCUGGAGGAGGCAGUGGAGGAAUGCAUCAAGCUGCAGCUCACCAUCUACUUUGACGUCAAAGGUCAUCCAGAUGAGGCAGCUGCAACCCUUCAGAACCUUUAUAAAAAACAUCCAGUCCUCUACAACAGCAGCAUCGUGUGCUCCUUCGAGCCCAAAGUCAUCUACAGGAUGAGACAGAGUGACCCAGAAGUGGUCACAGCGUUGACCCACCGACCGUGGAGCCUGAGUCAUUUAGGAGAUGGUACCCCACGUUUCUCAUCGCUAUGGAAGCACAACUGGUUAAUGCUAAUGGACAUCGUGCUGGACUGGGCGCACCAUCACAUACUGUGGAAGCUCUGCGGCAUCUCAGCCUUCCUCAUACAGAAAAACUUUGUCUCACCGGAUUACGUCCACUAUUGGGCCCAGAGAGGGGUGGAGGUGGUAGCCUGGACAGUCAACACCAAAGUGGAGAAAGAAUAUUACCAGGAGCUGCUGAAAGUCAACUACAUCACAGACAGCCUCGUGGAAGACUGUGAACCCCACUACUGAGAAGCACAUGAACACAACACACAAAUGUGUUCACUCACAUACACACUGAAAAGAUGGACUCUAUAUGAAAGGAACAUGUCACUGUCCACUUAUCACCCAUAGUGUGGCAUCAGGUGCGAUGCCACCCGUUUAUUCCCUCAUACACAUUCAUUACUGUGAGUGUGUGUGUUUCUGUGAGGCAGUCAAAGCUGACCAGACUGAGUGCCAUACGAGAGAUCAGAGGAACAGACAUGCUGAGGCACCUCAUAUGCAUUUACAGAGAUUCUGGUUAUAAGAGUCUAAAGUAGACUUUAAUCACACGUACUGUAUUCAGCAACUCAGGACUGCAGAGAUUAUUUUUUUCUAGGAAUUUUGUCUGUCUUAAAAGACAGACAAAAUUCUUUUAGGACAGAUACUGCAUGUGGUCUUCCCUCAGUAAAGGCCAUUGGUCUGGAGCUAACUACCGAGAAAUUAUUUUUACCACUCCUCCUGAAAAACUAAUACUACUAAUAAUUAUACAUUUUAAAAAUGAUAAA